AUGCACAACAGGGCAAAUUUAUCAUACCAAGGGUCUGUCAAGAGCGAGACAACAAGUGUUCAAGGGCAACAAAGCGAAAAUAUGAAGAAGGAAAAACGAAGCGGCAGCAAAGGUUAGACCGACAUGUAAUUUUCUUCAUGUCUGUAUUUAUCAAUCCAUGCAUACUAUGAUUUGAGUCAAAUAGUUUAUCUACCAUUUUGUCAUUCCAUGCUGAGCUACGACUCGCUUUACUGCGGGCACUCGUGCAUUGCACUGACAAUUUACUCUACUCUGUAGUCUAUGAUUUGCCGUCGAGCAGUAUUUAUGCAGUCUGUUUUUUUAUUCCAUAUACUAGCUUGAUAUCCCGAUUUGGAGUUUGUGCUCAAAUCCAAACUUUUGUUUUGAAUCACUUCAGAGUCCUGCUUGCAUAGAAUCGGUGAACUCUGCUAAUUUGCUUGCUAGUCUUUGCAUUGCCAUAGUCGUAAUCUAUUGUCGGUCAUCGAAUUACGAUUCGAGUUAUUAUUAGAAUAUUGGACUGUACAAAUGUUUUGGGAACUUUCGUUUCAACAAUAUGAACAAUUGUACAACAACGUCAUUAAGGGGUUAGCCUAACGGUCCAGUCAACAGGUGAACGGUAUGUUGGGCUUAUAUGGUAAGAGCUUCGUUAGAAUUAUGAAACUAAUCCGAGGUUGAUAAUUCUGAUACUGAAAGACAUUGAUUGCAUUUGAUUCGGUUUACGGGCCUCUGUGCGCAUGGCCCACAGAGUUGUACACUAGCACUGGUUGCUACCAUGGGCAACUGGAACCAGUGGCGUCAGCAAACGUCAAAAUCCGCCAUCGCCGUCGGUUUUUGGCUUCACUUUUUUAUACCGAGCGCUUCGAUAAAGCUAUAUAUGUCGCCUGUGAUAUAUCAAAAUAAGUCACAGUUGUUGACUCGGUAAAAUUGCGUUUAUUUUUCAUUGUAUUCGCCCCAACCGCAUACGAGAAGAGUGUUUUCUGUGAAGUCUGCCAAAACGUGAAUUACUACAGGUUUCCUGGGGUAUUUUCUUUCCUCCGGUUUAGAACAACAUUUUGUGUAAGUGGCUUAGAGCUUAGCGCUCUUAAUGAUAUGCGAUGAUGAAAUCAGCCGGACAAAAAUCAACACUAAACCUAAUAAUGCCUAAUGGCCUCAGUGGGCCUGUAGGGAGAACAGUUCGAAGCUUCAGUUUCGACACGUUUUGGGACUGGUUUUCUAAAAACAAAAAGUGACCAGUGUUUAUACUCUUUAGUUUAGAAAAAUAAACAUAUAUUAUUGUCUUAACACAACCGAUCCGUACCGACCCAGAGCUGGUACAGUUUUGAAUGCGUGGUUCAGAUUUUAUCGCCAGGAAAAUACGAUUCCCCCAAAUAUGGAGUAAAACAAUCGUGGAAAACAAGCAAACAUCGGUUAUCUUUAAUCGAACCAACUGGAAGUGGUCGAAAAUACAUUAUCACCAAACUUGAUCUAACUUUAUUAAUGCCUGAUUUUAUCCCCAACACGAGAGAAACUAGAGAUAAAUAUAGCUUAGUAUGUUUCUCUUGUGUGCGCGUAGUUCUCGUGAGGAUCGUGUUUUAUCUAUCGUGUUUGAUAUUUUUCACCUCGCAAGGAAAAAAUCUCAACGUCUGAGGAUGUUGCGAGCUCGGUUGCGAGCUUGGUGCCUCUGUGUUGGUGCUGAGCUCAUGCUUGAAUUAACCAGCCAAUGAGAACCCACAGUUACUUCACGUGACUUUGAUCAAAAUGGCGACAAUGGAGGGAAAUGCAAACGAUCUUAUCAACGACGCGUUGCUGUCGAGUAGUUUUCAAAUGCAUAGCUUUAAGUAGCCGCCACGCACUAAAUUGAAUACUUGGAUUUUGGAUAAAAGGAUCAUUCUCUUUCAUCACCAAGUGGAAGUGAAAUCUGAGCCAACCUUCCCAAGAUUGUUCUACUCCAUAUUUGGAUGUAUCCGACGUACUUUUACAUGACGAUAUCGUCUGAAAAAUGUGAACAAAAUGCUAAAUAAACCGAACCAAAAGACGAAGUGAAGAGGGGGGGGGUUUCUGCCACGUUCUGCCUAUACAGCUUGCUUGUAUCAAUUGUUUUCUGUUCUUCUUCACCUAACCUAUUUAUACAAUUGUAAUGUCAAAUCCAGUGUUAAUUUUAUACUGGAACGUAGCGAGUAUUGGGGAAAAAACCUGUGGUAUUUGGUGGACUGAGUCCUGCAUUUUAGAAACACUGUUCUGACAUAAAACAUUUUAGACAUAGGCCCGUUAUCAGCAAUUCUGCGAUUUCCAUAUUUUCUUCUGAUGCAUGUGAAUGAGUAGAGUUAUGAAUGUUAUGAGUCGUGAUACCUUUAUCUUUCUGCGCAUGCAUGCAUUAAAUCAUUGUGCUGGCAAGUAAAACCCCAAAUUGAUAAAUCUCUCGACAAUAUGAAUUAGCCAUUCCGAAGUUCAUGAGUGGACUGGGGACGAGUGUUAAAAAGUGCCCAAAUUAAGAAAUGAACCAAAUCACUAAAAAGAACACCUCAAAAUUAGUAAGUAUACAAAGUUUGAAGACGUUUACAUGAAUACCCUUCGAAUAAUAAGCUUUCGAAAAUUGUGAAAUUACUGAUUAAAAGAUUGUUUUGGGGACGCGCGUCCCAAAAACAAAAAUCACAAUACAUUUCAUAGUAAAUAUCACGAUUUUCGAAAGCUUAUUAUUCGAAGGAUAUUCAUGUAAACGUCUUCAAACUUUGUAUACUUACUAAUUUUGAGGUGGUCUUUUUAGUGAUUUGGUUCAUUUCUUAAUUUGGGCACUUUUUAACACUCGUCCCCAGUCCACUCGUCAACUUCGGAAUGGCUAAUUCCGGAUAUUUCUAUGCGUUCUUGAACGUUCUUGUAUAUUUAGUUUCAAAGAUAAAGUUUGUAGGCAGUCCCAGGAUCGUAUAGAAUGAUAGGAUAAAACAACAAAUCUCCUGAGAAAUCUAAGCGCACAAUACAAUAACAAAAUGAAGGCAUAGCGAAUGUGUUAUACAGACGGGGUUAAGAGGGGGUCAAAGAGUUAAUUGUUGUGUUAUUUGCGAGAUGCUGGCUGAAAUAUCAAUGAUUAAGGAAAACAUAGGAAGAUGCUAGAAUAGGAGAAGGCAAACUUCAAAGCCUGUUUUUCAUUUACGAACACGGCUUAUUCAGAGCCAUUGACAACAACGUCAAAGGUUGUAGACAAUCACUGAAUCAGCUGUAUUAAAUAAAUAAUGAACAACAAAAUACGCAGUCCUUUCAAAUUCGGCUGGAAUUUAUGACCAUGAAUUCCUUAUGUAGUUUGGUGCUCGUCAAUUUAUGGUCAAGAGCAACUUCGUGUCCGGAGAAUACCCGUUCUCAAGUUUGGUGGUUGGCAUAUCACUUGCAUGCUAACGAGCGUACUCUAACUUGUGUCAGGAUGAGACACGUCUCAAUUUUUAGGCAGAGGGGGAAGUCCAAAAGAUUUUAUUAGUUUUUAUUAAUUGUAACGUCAUAUUUUACGUAUAAUGAAUGAGGUGGAGAAAUAUAUGUACAGUGUAAUUUCCUUUUCGGAAAUUAAACAGUCUAUAUACCGUCCUCUUCAUAUUUUUGUACAUAUGAAUUGUAUGUUUUACAUCAUCAUGACGUCAUGGAAUGGCGUCAAAGAGAUUUAAAAAUUAUUGGAAUUAUACUUUAAUAUUCAUGUGGUGCGAUUGACGCAUUUCAUAAAAACGUCCCACUCUCCUCCGCAGAGGCUUUGUAGAUCUUUGUAGUUUGUUUUCUUUCUAUAUUGUAGUUUUUUUUCGUUCUAUAUAUAACUGAAGUUUGACUAUAGAGUUUGCGGGCAGUAGCGGGAUUAUAUUGAGUACAUUUGAUUUAAAUCUAACUAUAACCAUAUAAAAAAUUAUAGCGAAAAGGGAAUUUAAACAACGGCCGUGGGUUGUUGGAAAGCUUGGACUUUACUAGGGUAAAAAUAACAUUAUAAAGCCUUCAGUAAACUUUCCUUCAUCCCGAAUGUCGAAAGUUUGCUAUUUUUUCCACAAAUUUUCUCAGCGAUUAUAAACCAAAGCCGAUUAUAUUUUAAUCCAAGAUUAGCCCUAAUCCAUCUUUAAUUAAACAACCGCCCCCGCCCCUGAACUAAAAAAUUCCUAGAACAAUCGAGCUGCACCCACAAUAUCAUUAAAUUUGCUCUUUCGUUGUAUUUACGGUUUAUUUAUGGUUAUCCUUUGUAUUCGUUAUCAAACCUUUAAACACAACCGCCCCCAAACAACCAUUGCAUUUUUAUUAAUUGAUCAUCGAAUAUAAAACAUAUGACUCUAAUAACUCUAUAUCCAUGUCAACUGGCGUUUUAACAAGUUUCAAGUGUUCUAUUUUUUUAUACUGUAUCAAUUACCUCUGUUCUCCAUAAUUUGUCAAAAAUGACUCCCUUUUAAAAGACUUUUUAUAGUAUAUCCCAGCAUGGUUCAAUUUUAUUAAGAUUACUUUUUUCCCCUGCUUGUCCAAAUUUUUAAAAAAUUUAAGCUGUGCUAUCCAGACGAUAAUUAACAAGCACAUGGCUCGCAAACGUGAUUUAAUCUGAGUUUAAUUAACCUCCCGAGUUCCGAUCGUGGGUCAGAAUAGUUUAAAACACAAUAGCUUAGCGACGUCGCGCUGAUUCUCUUCUGUCUCUUGUACAGGCAAUGCCUUUAGCAUGUUUUUCGAUAUGGACAGUUUGAAACGACGCAACAGUAAGCCAUCGAACGGGAAUAUGCCUGCCGUGUUUGUCACUGUCUCGCCAGAGCUGGAAAAACGGAAUAAGACCUUCUCGCGAAGUCAACGAAAGAUCAAGAUUGCAAUUAUGGGAAAAUCGGGGGUUGGCAAAUCAGGCAAGUACACUCAUUUGCACUAAAUUGUUCUUCGCCAGCAUUGGCCAACUAUGUACUAUAAAAUUUGGUGGUUAAUAUUUUAGGUUUCUUGUAUUACACUUCAACAAUUUUAUAACUAAUUAUUUUGAAGCUUUUAUUCUCCGACCAUAAAUCAAUACCACUAUGACUAUGUUGCAAUGUAGCAUCUGCGGCCAUUCAGCGAGACCGCCCACAAUGCUCAUUCAAUAAAGAAGUCUAUUACUACCUAUAUGCUAAGAAAACUUUCAUUUUAGAAUAUAUUCAACUGUAGACUAUAGUUGGUUCUAUUUUUCAAUAGGUAACAGAUCAUGUAGGAUAAUAUUGCAAUUAUGUUCAAUAAUGUUAGCAGAACAGCUAUUUGAAAAAAAGGCUAUAUGAUAAAUAGUCUAUAGACUACGCCAAAGGUCAAACUGCAAUGUAGCUCGGCGAUAAUAGCGUUACUCCGUUAGAAUCUGAAAGGUUAAGAUUUUCAGUUAACACUUUCCACGGCAAAUAAAAUAUAAUUGUAUAAAACAGUCGCUAAAUAACUUCAUGGUAGAGCAUAAAUUGUGCCAAUUUAUAUAUUUCACAGGCUGGUUAUGUAGGUUUUAUAUUCAGACGUCAACAUGUAUAACUUUUUCAUGCAUGCAGUUUUCAUAAAUAACCGCAUUCUAUAUAGUCAUGGAGCAGAAUUAAAUAAGGUUAUACCAAACACCCAUGCCCAUGGCAUAAAGGCCGGCGCACACUAGAGCUAUGUGCUUAGCAAAAUGUCAUUCGUGACUGUUGGCGUAAGGAGAUAGCUCUCGUGUGCGGGCGAUUUACGAACGACUUUUGUCAUUCGUGCCACUUACGCCAAAUAUCUAACAUGUUUGAUAAUUUCUGCCUCGCGUGCCAAAAUAUUUCCGUGUGCGGCGAACGAAAGCUAUCUGCUUACGGAUUGUCGUAACAGCGCAUGCGUAGUAUACGAAAGUAAACAUCCAAGAUGGCGGCGCAAAAUGAAUUGCUGGCCGAGGCAAUUUUAGAGGACAAACUUACUGGCUAUUUCUUUCACCGCACAUUCCCUUUUGUCCCUAUUUCUAAAAUCUGCAGAACUCACAUCGUAUAAACAUUUAUAUUCAGGCCAAAGUUCGACAAGUUUGUCCUCUAAAAUUGCCUCGGCCAGCAAUUCAUUUUGCGCCGCCAUCUUGGAUGUUUACUUUCGUAUACUACGCAUGCGCUGGUACGACAAUCCGUAAGCAGAUAGCUUUCGUUCGCCGCACACGGAAAGAUUUUGGCACGCGAGGCAGAAAUUAUCAAACAUGUUAGAUAUUUGGCGUAAGUGGCACGAAUGACAAAAGUCGUUCGUAAAUCGCCCGCACACGAGAGCUAUCUCCUUACGCCAACAGUCACGAAUGACAUUUUGCUAAGCACAUAGCUCUAGUGUGCGCCGGUCUUAAAGCCUAACCCUAAUCCAUGCUUUUUACAGUAUGUCCAUAUAUACAUGCAGUAUGGUUAUAUUUACUUACUGUAUGUCAGAAGAUGUUAUAACAGAACACUCUCUCAAACCACAUUAAUUAUAAUUUUGCUUAUUAUAGACAUACUGUAUACUUAUUCUGUUGUUCAUGUACAGUAAAUUUGUUAAGAAAGACAUGACUCUUGCAUGCAAGUACAUAUUUUCUCCAUUAUAUUCAUUAAAUUAACAUUUUGGUUGAUGGGAUUACUAAGUGCUGUUUCCAAUUCUGGGAGUGUGCAGUAUAUGUAAACAAGUUAUGUAAACAAACACAGAAGGUGAAUUUGCCAAUACUAAAGCUACAGUUGAUAUGAGCUGUGAUAUGAGCUAUGUUAGCCAAAAUAUAUAAACAUGUGGUUGACUAAACUAUUGUCAUGCCACUUGGCACCGGUUUCAUACGACUGAGUCGGCCAAACUCGAGCUCCCGUUAUAGUAACAAUGAUCAAUGAAGAAUUGGCUCUUACUCCUCUAGGGAGAAGACAUCAUAAUGAUGCGCAUGCUUUAUAAGGCGAAUUCCUCGACCUAAUCCAACCAACUCCUGUGGUUAUAUAAGCAUUAUUUGACGCAAUUUUUUAUGAACUCUUUUAAAUCAAAAUCAAGUCACACUGUUGUUUUGAAUAAUAAUAAGAUUAUAAUUAAUGUUUUUUUCGGAAUGGUGCUCAUCGCAGUAGGGUUUCAGAAUCCCUGUAUAGUAUAGCCAGUGCUUACGUAGUAUACAAUGCUGAAUUACGACGAUGAACGAUAAAUAAUUCCUUUAUAAUAAUAACUGUAACGAUGGAAAAGUUGUUUUUCAGCCUUAGCAGUACAAAUAGUGUUAAUGACAUGCGUAUGGUCAUGUGACAUACGGCUUGUGAAGAGCACCCCUACUCUGUUACUGACAUCAAUAGACUGAUCCAUUGUCCUUUUUUAAUAUCUCGAGCCAUAGUACUGCAUGCAUAGUUUUCUGCAUGGGCCUGGCUUGAAUAAUUUAGUUUUUUGUCUACAAUAAUUUUACAUCCCUGAGGCUGAGUAUUUUGACUAAAAAACUUAGCGAAGUAAUGUACCCGCCACAGGGUCACAGUGACUCCAAAUUUUUAGUACAGUUACUCAAAUUUAUGAGCAAACUCCUAAUCAAUCUUUUGAAGAAAUAAGUUCAAAUUCACUCAAGUUUUCGAGCAAAGAAUUACUGGAGCUCUUAAAUUAAAGUCAAGCCUUGGGGCAUGAUCGAACCACCAGAACGUCUUUAAAACACAAAGUUUGUUAACGUGAUGUUAAUUUUUGAUGUUAUUUCUUUUCAGCCUUGGUCGUGCGGUAUUUGACAAAACGUUUUAUUGGAGAAUAUCAAAGUAGUGUUGGUCAGUAAAUAUUCACUUUAGUAAGCAAUCUAAAGUUCCCAAAUACUACCAAUGAAAUGGAGAACACUUACAGCAAUCAGUCAAAUAGAUAGUUUGUUCAUUUAUAGUUAUAUACAGUUGCUGUGCAUGGCGUAGCUAGGGUCUAAGUUAGAGCGAUCCGGGGAAAUUUUGAAUUUCUAGGAUCAGAUUUCUCACCUUCUGAGACGAGUUCUGACGACAAAUCAUAACAAUGAAAAAAAUUUUUUUAUCUUUAUUCCAGACAUCCCCCUGACCGAAUUUCAACAUUAAUUUUCACUAGAAAAGUUCUAGAUGUAUUUGGGGGCACUUUCCCUUGCCCCCACCCCACACCAAACCCCUUGGCCACACGUGUAAUUUGAAUAUCAACAGACGAAUAUCUGACUCAGUAUCAACAUUUCAGGUCUGGUUUUAGUGUUAGCCGAUGAGGUUAUAGCUACUUCUAUUAGUUCUAGCUACUUCUGUAGAUGAAGUUGACUCUCCUAUCUAUCUUUAAGAAACCCACGCUUCAACAGAAAUAGAAAUCGAUGAAGAGAAAGUGGUGGUGGAAAUUUUCGACACUUGUGUAAGUAGACAUUAUUCACUAAGUUAUUUCUAAGUUUUACAUCUGUUAUUAGCGAGGUUCACAUUUGACUUCCACUACCAUUACCUAGCUCACACUGGUUGGCACGCGUCUGAUUGGUUAAUCAGAUAUCUCAAACGCAUCUGAUUGGUCAAUGAUGAUACUGAAUGAUGCAUGAUCCCUUAACCGGCGGUAACGGCAGUGGAAGUCAAAUCUGAACCUCUAGCUCUAUUAUGUAUUUGUUACUGGUCGCACAAUGUUCAAUAGUUUAAAAGCUGGGUUACACCAUCAAAGUUUCUGUGAUCACAGUAGGAAUUUUGCAUGGGUAAAUUGUAAGUUUUCAAGGAUUUGUAAGAAAUAUUUGGGGAGAACUGACUCAAUGUUUCGUCAUUCUUUGCAGUCAGCGGAAGACAAGAUAAUAGAUCACAUUAAAUGGGCGGAUGGCUUCAUCCUGGUCUUUUCAAUCACAGAUUAUUGGAGCUUGUAUGAAGUCGCUAGGCUCUCCUCAAUUAUAUCACAGACAAAAAACGAAAAGAAAACGCCCAUUGUCAUUGUUAGCAACCAGACAGAUAUGGAAAAACAACGACGAAUUUCCGGUUCAGAAGCGAAUCAAUUCCUAAACGAUCUUGGGAAACCUGUUUUCCGAACCUCGGCCGCGAACAAUUACGACAGUGUACGAACGGCGUUUGACGAAGCUUCCCGAUUGGUUUACAAGUGGAAAUUUCCAGCGGAACGAAGACGCCAGCGGAGUCGCUCGGGGAGUAUCAUGGAUCCGUUACGCGAUGCCUUUAAUAGAUUUAGCAGGGCUCUUUCUGAUGAGGAAAUCCCACAUAGAGCACGCUCUGCAAGUUCAGCAGAUAUUACUCGCAUAACUCUAUCCCCGGCGCCCAUAUCCAAAGGCAUCCAUAGAAAAUCGUAUUCUGAACAGAAAAGCACGAACAUCGUUUCGAAUGGUAAUUUUUUGGAAAUACCCACGGCGGAUGGCGCAUUUGGACAUAAACGAUCCCGCAGUCAUAGUUUCGCUUGA